AUGUCUCACACGCACUCCCACGACGGCCCCGGCGGGCACUCCCACGAUGGUGGCUUCAACGCUCAAGAGCACGGCCACUCCCACGAGAUCCUCGACGGCCCGGGAAGCUAUCUCGGCCGGGAAAUGCCGAUUGUUGAGGGCAGGACCUGGGCUGACAGAGCUUUCACCAUUGGCAUUGGAGGACCCGUCGGCUCUGGCAAGACAGCCCUCAUGCUCGCCCUCUGCAACGCCCUCCGCGAAAAGUACAACAUCGCCGCCGUCACGAACGACAUUUUCACCCGCGAGGACGCCGAGUUCCUCACCCGCCACAAGGCCCUGCCCGCCCCGCGCAUCCGCGCCAUCGAAACCGGUGGCUGCCCGCACGCCGCCGUGCGCGAGGAUAUUUCUGCCAACCUCGCCGCCCUCGAGGACCUCCACCGCGAGUUUGACACCGACCUGCUGCUGAUCGAGUCCGGCGGCGACAACCUCGCCGCCAACUACUCGCGCGAGCUGGCCGACUACAUCAUCUACGUCAUCGACGUCUCGGGCGGCGACAAGAUCCCCCGCAAGGGCGGCCCGGGCAUCACGCAGAGCGACCUGCUGGUCGUGAACAAGACGGACCUGGCCGAGAUCGUGGGUGCUGAUUUGGGCGUCAUGGAGAGGGACGCGCGCAAGAUGCGCGAGGGAGGACCGACUGUGUUUGCGCAGGUUAAGAAGGAUGUUGGGGUUGAUCACAUUGUCAACCUCAUCAUCAGCGCGUGGAAGGCGAGCGGUGCGGAGGGACAGCGCAAGUCGGUUGGCGGGCCCAGGCCGACGGAGGGUCUGGACACUCUCAACGCAUAG